AUGAAGAGGCAUCAUAGAGAGGACUCGACUUCUCGCAGCAAGAAGGCCCGUGCCCCUAGUAUAUCGGACGAGGAAGGUACUAACGGGUGCAUCAACUCUCCAAAGAAGUACAAAAGUCCCCCACGAAAGGCUCUGUUGAGACGCCCUUCACGUGAAGACAGAUCAGUUGAUAAAUAUGACCAACAAGGUUCGAGACAAACAUUCUUACUUCGACCUAAUCCCGCAGCAAAGUUUGUCAGUAGCAACAACUCCAGCCGCUCAUUUAACCCUCACAGUGACUACUCAAGUUCACGGAAAUCCUAUGCGCCAUCAAGUGAUCGACUAUCUAGUCAUUCGUCAAAGUCACUGGUCAAUUCUUCCAGUCGAGUUAAUCCUAUGUUGGCAGCAAGUCUUGCGUCAUCAGGAAAAUUACCAAACCUUCCAAUUCCUCUUGGGUCCAAACGGGGUUCAUCUGCAACGGUUGCGGCCGUAGCCGCAGCUGCAAUGAACGCAGCCGCAAUGGCUGCAGCAUUAGGUGCCGGAGGUGUAAUAUCGAGCAAACAAAUGUCACACAUAACCAAAGCACUGGCAUCUGCUACUCGGACUGGUCGUGAUCACCGUGGUUCAUCGUCACACAGACCUCCGCGGAGUUCCAGUGAUAGGUAUACAGGUGAAGAUUCACGAAGCAGUCGUCGAAAAACAACUAGUAAGGAGAAAGAUAUGCUUAGCAUUUUCAAUGCUCGUUACGCUCGUCCAGUAGAACAUCGCAAUCCCGAAGAUGAUCCUAAUGCAACAAGAACAUUAUUUCUGGGUAAUUUGCCACCAGAUGUCGAGGAACCUGAACUGAGGAAGCUUUUUGAACGUUAUGGUAUAAUUGAAGAUAUUGAUAUUAAGCGCCGUGAACUAGAAACUGGAGCAACCGCAUUCGCUUUUGUUCGAUAUCUUAGUCUAGACAUGGCACACCGCGCAAAAGUUAAUUUAUCUGGACAAAUGAUAGGUGAAUACAGAUUCAAAAUUGGUUAUGGAAAAGUUAUUCCCACACGAUGCCUAUGGGUUGGUGGGUUGGGUCCGUGGACAAAUUAUCCUGAGUUCGCAACCCUUGUUAAUAGUAUCAGCGCGCCUGAAAAGAUCAUCUGGCCGUCUGGUAAAAACUAUGCCCAUAUUCUUUAUAGUGAUAGCGAGUCGGCUGCUGUUGCAGCUGAUCUUUUACGUGGAUAUCCGUUAGGAAAAAGUCAUAAACGGAUCCGAGUGGACUUCACUGAUGAGUCACAUAUGUUCAGAGAUCCUAAUUGGAAACGGUUGAAAAGAAAUUCGUCCACAGAAUCAAGUCCCAGACAUUACUCAUCCAGAAGAUCACUGACACCUCGAAUAAAACGUGAAGAUUCUUUUUCAGACAAUACCUACUCUCGUGAUAAUCAUUACUCAAAAUACAAACGCGACCGAAAGAUGUAUGUUGAUAGUGACCGAAGUCAUUCUGCUUCGUCAAAUCAUAGGCGAGAAUCUGGCCAUAGAUCUAGAAAAGCUACACAUGAAAGGGCGCCUAAACGUAGUCUAAGAGACCACUCAUUAAGUCCUGAUGCUGACUCGACGCGUUUUGUUUCACGUUCUCCUUCAUCAUCAAAAUCUCGCAGAUAUUCAUCUUCUUCCUCGAGAUCACCCACAGUAGAAACAUCCACAAACGUAGAACAGUUGGCAUCUUGUCUUCCUUCGGCAUGGGAUGGAGCAUUUUAUCUAAAGUCGAGUAGUUUUCAGUGCAGAAUGCACAUUUUGAGGGGUGACAAAAGCCUUGUUGAUCAGUUCAUGUACCAGGGAUCUAAUUCAGAAGCAUCUGCGCAUUCAAACGAAACUCGGCAUACAGGUAAAAAGUCGAACAAAGAUAAACAUACGUCACUGGAUGACAUUGAUUCUAGUGAAUCUCAGGAUGAUGCACAUGGUAGCGCUAAAAGUAGCUGUACAAACAAAGACCAGGUGGUUUGUUUACGCAUUACUCAACGAAUGAGACUGGAUCCAGUAAAGUUAGAUGACGUGAAUCAGCGCAUUCAGACAGCCGGCUCCUCUGGGUUUUGCAUUCUUUUGGCUGUACCUCCACAUUCGGUUUUAUGCAGUGAAGUUGGAGAUGGCGAUAAGCAACCGCAAAGACCGCUUCGAAACCUAAUCGGAUAUUUACGUGCAAAAGACUCCGCAGGAGUGGUUCUUCUAAAUCCUGGUGGCCAAAACUCAAACGAUUCUUCAUCCCCUCUAACUGCAGAAACUACAUCUGGGGUGCUGUAUGCAUUUCCACCCUGUGAUUUUGCUUUGAAUCUCUUGCGUGAAAGUGCUCCGCAACUAGAGAAAGAUUAUGGUAAAGAUGAUUACUUAGCUAUAAUACUAAUUCGUGGGGCCGGAGUUGUGUAG